UAAACCAAUUUUCUUUGUCUGUGUAACAAAGAAUUAACACAUCAACAAAUCUACUCAUCAGAACCCAAUAGCUAGCUCUGGCUACAAGAUGAGUCCAUUUAGCCAAAACCACCAAAUUUUUGUUUUGUUUCUCGUUCUCACUGUGUUGACAUGCCACGUCAUGUCUCGCAGGUUGUCUGAGACCUGCACAUCGGAGAGACAUGAGAAGUGGAUGGCACAGUAUGGUAAGGUUUACAAGGAUGCUGCUGAGAAGGAUAAACGUUUUCAAAUAUUCAAAAACAAUGUGCACUUCAUUGAGUCCUUCAAUGAAGCUGGUGACAAACCUUUUAACCUUAGCAUUAACAAAUUUGCGGAUCUUCACAAUGAAGAAUUUAAGGCUUUACUAACUAAUGGUCAGAAGAAGACACAUAAGGUGGAGAUUGCGACAGAAGCAUUGUUUAGGUAUGACAGUGUGAGUGUCACUGAUAUUCCUGCUACCAUGGACUGGAGGAAAAGAGGUGCUGUUACCCCUAUCAAGGACCAAGGCACAUGUCGAAGUUGUUGGGCAUUUUCAACUGUGGCUACAAUUGAGGGUCUUCAUCAAAUAGCUACAGGUGAAUUAGUGUCCCUAUCAGAACAAGAACUAGUGGAUUGUGUUAAAGGUGAUAGCGAAGGAUGCUAUGGUGGUUAUGUAGAAGAUUCCUUUGAAUUUAUUACCAAAAAAGGUGGAAUAUCAAGUGAAACAUACUACCCCUACAAAGGAGUUAACAAGACUUGUAAGGUUAAAAAGGAAACGCAUGGCGUAGCUCGGAUUAAAGGGUACGAGAAUGUUCCUGCCAACAGUGAGAACGCACUACUGAAAGCUGUGGCAAAUCAACCUGUGUCAGCUUAUAUUGAAGCUGGAGGAUAUGCUUUCCAAUUUUAUUCGGGUGGAAUUUUUACAGGAAAGUGUGGAACUCAUAUUGAUCAUUCUGUUACCAUAGUUGGUUAUGGGAAAGCUCGUGGUGGUACUAAGUAUUGGCUAGUAAAGAAUUCAUGGGGCACUGAAUGGGGUGAGAAAGGGUAUAUAAGGAUGAAACGAGAUAUACGUGCCAAGGAAGGUUUAUGUGGAAUUGCUACAAAUGCUUUAUAUCCAACUGCUUGAGUGCUGCUAUCAAUCCAUAAAUAAGUCUUAUAGAGUUUUGGUAUAAGCACGUCAUAUCUCUAAACAUAAUUUUCUUUUCUAGCAGUAUAUGCAACUGCUAGUAUUCCUAAUGAAUUCUGUGUAAACGUUUGAUUUCUACUAAAUAAUGAAAUAUAAGUUAUAUAACUA